AAUAUUCGAGUAUGUCCGAAGACGCCGUCAGAAUAAUAAUAAAAAAAAUAGAUAAAUCCCGCCGCCGUGACAGCCUGGGAAGCUUCAUUAAUGAUGGAAUCAGAUCAAGUUUCUGCUCUACCCGCAGCCAUUUUUUCCUCUCCACCUCCUGAAACCGCCAACCGAGCUCUCCAAUUCUCGCAAACUUCAGCUGCCGGCGCCGUCGUCGAAGGGGAGGUUCGAUAGCAUUUCAUCUCGGACUCGGUAGCAGAAAAUCAUUAACAAACAAUAGGGAAUUGUUUGCACACUAAAGUGAAAGAAAUGGGUUCUGAAGGUCCAGCUGGAGUUACUAUUCACGUGACUGGAUUCAAGAAGUUCCAUGGGGUUGCUGAGAAUCCUACAGAGGCCAUUGUCAAUGACUUGAAGGCUUUCGUGGAAGAAAGAGGGCUACCUGCUGGUGUUACCCUUGGAAGUUGUACAGUUCUAGAUGCUGCUGGGGAUGGUGCUCGUACUGAGCUCUAUAAAGUUCUGGAUUCUGGCAUAUCAAACAUGACAGAAACUAACAAAGUCGUAUGGCUUCACUUGGGGGUCAACAGUGGGUCAGUGAGGUUUGCUGUUGAAUCGCAAGCUGUGAACGAAGCGACUUUCCGCUAUCCAGACGAACUCGGAUGGCAGCCUCAGAAACUUCCCAUAGUCUUGGAGGAUGGGGAAAUCUCAAUAAUUAAAAAGACAUCAUGUUCGGCUCUGGCGAUCUUAGAGAAGUUGAAGUCAAAAAGCUACAACGUGAUAUUAUCGGACGACGCGGGUCGUUUUGUUUGCAAUUAUGUAUACUACCACUCCCUCAGAUUUGCAGAACAGAAGGGUCACAAAUCCUUGUUUGUUCAUGUUCCUCUGUUUUCAAAAAUCGACAAAGAAACCCAGAUGCGUUUCGUUCACUCACUUUUAGAGGCCAUUGCAUCUACUUGUUAAAAAAAUUGUAUUGUUGCUGUGAUUGCUCCUUCAAUUCUAUAAAUGUUCAUUUCCAAGCUGUGAACUCUGUUUCUUGCAAGUAAGGGCUUUUCUGACAAGGAACUUUCAUCAUUAUAGCCCGUUGAACCCUAUCCUCCUAUCAAAAAAAGAAAGAUAAGCAACCUUGUUUUCUGCUAAAA